AUGAAGUUUUCUCACUCAUUGCAAUUCAACGCUGUUCCGGAAUGGUCGUCUAAGUAUAUAGCGUACACAACUUUAAAAAAACUCAUUUAUUCGCUUCAAAGGGAUCAGUUAAGGAGUCAGCGAGAAGAUGAUGUGGAAUCCUCAUUGUUGUACACUCAAAGUGAUCAGGUCAAUACGAGACAGCAGAACGAUCCUGCUGUUGUGUUUGUUGCUGCCCUUGACGCUGAAUUAAGGAAAAUUGAUAAUUUCUAUAAAGCUCAGGAAUUAUUCAUCUUUGGAAACAUCGAAGAAUUAGUUGUUGAUAUAGAAACUUUCGAAAAUGAUUUACAUAACAGUGUCGAGAAUAAUAAUUUAGAUGGAUUUAGUCUCACCAACGUACCGUCUAAGGAAGUGGGUAAAAAUCGUAUUCGUGCAAAUUCUGAUACUUCCGAUAACUACCGUACCCAAACUGACUUUGAAACUCAAAAUGAAGACGAUGAAGAAGAUGAUGAUGAGGAUGCCUUGGGUAGUAGUUCUGCUGCCUUGCAGAGAGUUCAAGGACUGACGGCAGCUGAUCUUAAGCAUACAAAAUCCAUUGACAAUUACCUCAAAUCUCCAAGAGUAGCAGCCGUAUGGGAGAAUGUCGACAAUUUACCUCCUCAGUUACUUUUAUUAUCUGAAAGCAGAGUCUUAUUGAGGAAAAGAGUCAUUGGAUUAUACACCACCUUAUCCGAAUUGGAAUCUUAUAUUGAAUUGAAUCAAACUGGCUUCAAAAAAGCUUGUAAAAAAUUUGAUAAAUCUUUGAACACAAACAUUAAAGAUGAGUAUUUGAAUCUGUUGUCAGAAAAAUCCUACAUUUUCAGGCCAACCACUAUAGAAAAGGUGAAAGACAAUAUUAACUCUUUAACUCAACUUUAUGCCUUAAUUUGUAAUCACCAAGGAGAGGAGGGCUUAGAAAUUGCAAAGCAGGAACUUUCGAUUCAUCUAAGAGAACAUGUUGUUUGGGAAAGAAAUACAGUUUGGAGAGAUAUGAUUGGUUUAGAAAGAAAAACGUACGGUGCGAACUCUUCAGGAUUGGCAGGUAAAAGAAACGCAAGAGGUGAUGGAGAAGCAGGCAAUGAAAAGAACUCUGGAAAGCUGGCAACCUCUUUGAAUUUCACUUUAAAGAAUCCCUCAAUUAUCAAAGGAUUGGUGAUUUUUGCUACUUUCUUGAUAUUGUUCAACAUAUCGAUAUUUGAAGAUAAGCAACAGGAACAUUGUUUUGCUCUUUUAAUUGUGGCUUCUUUGCUUUGGGCCACUGAAACUAUUCCAUUGUUUGUCACUUCACUCUUAAUUCCAGUUAUUAUUGUCAGUUGCAACAUAUUGAAGAAUGAUGAUGGCUCUCCUAUGAGUGCUCCGGACUCUUCUAAAUACAUCUUAUCAACUAUGUGGAACUCAGUCAUUUUACUUUUAUUAGGUGGUUUUACAUUAGCUGCUGCAUUAUCUAAAUACCAUAUUGCAAAAUUAAUUUCGACCUGGAUUUUGUCCAAAGCUGGUACCAAUCCUUCGGUUGUGUUAUUAACUAUUAUGGGUGUUGCAUUGUUUGCUUCUAUGUGGGUUUCCAAUGUUGCUGCACCUGUGUUAUGUUUUUCAUUGAUUCAACCACUAUUGAGAACUUUGCCAAGAGACUCACAAUUUGCUAACGCCUUGAUCUUGGGGAUUGCGUUGGCGUCUAAUGUUGGAGGAAUGGCGCUGCCCAUAGCUUCACCACAAAACAUUGUAGCAAUAGGCGCAAUGAGUCCAGCUCCAUCUUGGGGUCAAUGGUUUGUCAUUGCACUUCCUGUCUGUCUAUUAACUCUCAUUUUGAUUUGGAUUUUCUUGUUAACUACUUUCAACUGUAAUUCAAAGAAUACGCACCUAGUUCCAAUAAGAGUAAUGGAUGAUAGAUUCACUAGUGUUCAAUGGUAUAUUAGUGGUGUGAGUAUCGGUACCAUUUUCCUUUGGUGUAUAGCGUCAAGAUUGGAAGGGACAUUUGGAGAAAUGGGUAUCAUUGCUCUUUUACCAAUAGUUUUAUUUUUUGGUUCUGGCUUGUUGACUACUGAAGAUUUCAAUAACUAUCCAUGGAAUAUCGUUGUAUUAGCCAUGGGAGGUACUGCCUUAGGAAAAGCCGUUGCAUCAUCUGGGUUAUUAACAACAAUAGCUAAAAUUAUUCAACACCAAGUUGCUGAUUUGUCUUUAUUUGGAGUCACUUUAACUUUUGGAUUACUUAUAUUGACAAUGGCUACUUUUGUUAGUCACACUGUUGCUGCUUUAAUUGUCAUCCCAUUGGUUAGCGAAAUCGGUAAUGACAUGCCAGAACCACACCCAAACUUGCUUAUUAUGAUAAGCGCAUUAUUGUGUUCAGCUGCUAUGGGAUUGCCAACGUCUGGAUUCCCCAAUGUCACCGCCAUUUGCAUGACUGAUGACUUUGGAAAGCCUUACUUGACUGUAAGUACGUUUAUUACUAGAGGGGUUCCUAGUUCCAUUAUUGCUUACGUUAUCAUUGUUUCUGUUGGCUUCACUACAAUGAAGCUUAUAAAUUUUUGA